AUGGCUAACUUCUCCUCGCACCCCGAGCCCAACGCGUCCUGCGCGCCCUGCGCCGGCAGAGGGGCCCCGUGGCCCAACGCCUCCGCCCCGCAGCUGCUCCCCGACUUCUACCUGGCCGUGCCCAUCAUCUACUCCCUCAUCUGCGCCGUGGGGCUGACGGGCAACACCGCCGUCAUCUACGUGAUCCUGCGGGCCCCCAAGAUGAAGACGGUCACCAACCUCUUCAUCCUCAACCUGGCCGUGGCCGACGAGCUCUUCACCCUGGUGCUGCCCAUCAACAUCGCCGACCACCUGCUGCGGCAGUGGCCCUUCGGCGAGUUCACGUGCAAGCUGAUCAUCUCCAUCGACCAGUACAACACCUUCUCCAGCAUCUACUUCCUCACCGUCAUGAGCAUCGACCGCUACCUGGUGGUGGUGGCCACGCUCCGGUCCAGGAAGGUGUCCUACCGCACCUACCGCGCAGCCAGGCUGGCCAGCCUGGCUGUCUGGGCCCUGGUCUCCAUUGUCAUCUCGCCCUUCGCUGUGUUCGCCAAGCUCCACCGGGAGCAGGGGCGCUCCCAGUGCGUCUUCGUCUUCCCCAGCCCCGAGAGCUUCUGGUGGAAAGUCAGCCGCCUCUACACCCUCCUGCUGGGCUUCGCCAUCCCGGUCUCCACCAUCUGCGUCCUCUACACCGCUCUGCUGGCCAAGCUGAGACGCGUGCGCCUCCACAGCAACGCCAAAGCCCUGGACAAAGCCAAAAAGAAAGUGACGCUGAUGGUGCUGGUCAUCCUGGCCGCGUGCCUCUUCUGCUGGACUCCCUACCACCUCAGCACGGUGGUGGCCCUCACCACGGACCUCCCGCAGACCCCCCUGAUCAUCGGCAUCUCCUAUUUCAUCACCAGCCUCAGCUACGCCAACAGCUGCCUCAACCCGUUCUUGUAUGCCUUCUUGGACAAUAAUUUCCGGAAGAGCUUUCGCAAGCUGGUUGAAUGCAGGGCGUCCUCCUAG